GAAACGGUAGCUACUUAAGACACGGAGGCUGGCCGCCACUCCGCAUAUCGAUGAAAAUAGAACACUUUCUCAUCUUCAAGAGAUAGUGAUGCAUGCGGUCUCUUCACCUGACCAGACAUGUUCGUCAUUGUGACGCCAUGAGCCAGCCGUUCACAAGUGGCGCCGGUCCAUAACACAGCCCACAGAUAUGCAACUGCGCUUUUCCCUGCGAGGUUUUACUGGCAGCAGCCCGUUGCACACGGACGCGACAAAACAGGCAUGCAUCAUCAGCAGAACACCGUUAAUCUCUGCCUUUUCUUCCUAAACAGAUUUGUUGCAAGAUAGACUGAACGAAAUACAGCCGUUAAAAAGAUUUUUUGUUGUUGAAACGUAAGAAAGACAAGAAGGGAUUUUACCUUAACUGGUGCGGUCACUGGAAAACCUGCGAGGAUGAACGACAUAAAACUUGCAGUGCUGGGGAGUGAAGGGGUCGGAAAAUCAGCCCUCAUCGUGCGAUUCCUUACAAGGCGCUUUAUUGGGGAAUAUGCAUCAUCUUCAGAGUGCAUAUACAGAAAACGGCUGUCUAUUGAUGGAAGGCAGCUGAAUAUCGAGCUGUAUGAUCCCUGCUCACAGCCAUGUGACGGGAAGUCCUCUCUGAAUGACCAGAUACACUGGGCAGAUGGCUUUGUGGUGGUCUAUGACAUCAGCGACAGGUCAUCUUUCCUCACCGCAAAAGCCAUUGUGCACCUCAUCCGGGAGCUGCACCUAGGAGUUGCCAAAAGGGAUGGGGACUCGGUGGUGUUUCUGGUGGGGAACAAGCAGGACCUGUGCCACAUGAGGGAGGUCAGCAGGGAGGAGGGCCAGCGGCUGGCGGCUGAGAGCAAGUGCCAGUUCUACGAGCUGUCCGCCGCCGAGCACUACCAGGAGGUGGCGCUCAUGUUCUCCAAGGUCGUCCGCAAUGCCAGCCUCAACGGCAAGACCAAGGACCGACGGAGGCCAAGCGGGUCCAAGUCCAUGGCCAAGCUGAUCAACAAUGUCUUUGGGAAAAGGAGGAAGUCCGUGUAGGCCCACACCUGUGUAGCCCAGCAUGUUACCGAUUUUGGCAACAUCAAAGCAUAUGUAUGAACUUGCACAGACUGAAUGUAACCUUGUGGUUACCUUGCCUUCAAGUUGUUCUUGCAGGAAGCACGUUGCUUUGUGACGCAUGAUCUCCCAGAACAUACCACAACAAAAAUAAUGUUGAAUAAAGUAACAAAAGUAUCGCAUUAAUGCACCAUAUAUACUUUCUGUCAGUUCAAAGUAUGGUACUGUAUAGUAUGGUACAAUAUAUAGUAAGAUAGUAAGGUACUGCAUUAAUGGUAACAGUAUAGCACUUGUUGAAUAAGACCGAUCUUGUAUUAUAACUUCGUAUGAAUGACCUUGUAUUUUAACGUCUUAUGAAUGGCCUUGUAUUUUAGUGUGUUAUCUAUUGCGUAAGUGAAUGAUUUGAGUUUCAGCAGAAAUACUCAACAGGUACGAAAUGUAAUUUGA